AUGCUGAGAGUAACAAGAUCCUCGAGCUAUCAUGUUCGAUAUUACUCAGUUUUACCGAAAGUAUCACAUAUAACCACGCCAAUCUUUUACCCUAAUGCAAAACCUCAUCUAGGCCAUCUUUACUCAAGUUUACUAUGCGAUGUAUUCCAUAGGUGGAACAAAUUAAAUGGAACCCCAUCGUUAUUAACCACAGGUACUGAUGAGCAUGGUUUGAAAAUCCAAGCUGCUAGUGAAAAGAAUGGAUUUUCUGAUCCUAAAUUAUUUGUUGAUAAGUUAUAUAAGGAGUUUGUCUCUUUAGAUACUGUAUUCAAUAUCGAUUUUACAAGAUUCAUCAGGACUACUGAUCCAGAUCACAUUGAAAAUGUAAAGCUACUUUGGGAAUUAUGUGAAAAAAAUGGAUUUAUUUAUCAGGGAACUCAUAAUGGCUGGUAUUCCAUCUCUGAUGAAACUUUCUAUCCCGAAACCAAAGUAAUUAAAGAUCCCAAAAAUAAAGGGAAAUAUAUUAACACAGAAAGUAACAAUGAAGUUAUCUAUCAAUCUGAAGUUAAUUAUUUCUUCAAAUUGUCACAAUUCAGGAAUAAAUUAAUAGAUCACAUCUCUAAUAACGAAGCCUUUAUUUAUCCCGCUUCCAAAAGGACAGAGAUAUUAAAUGAAUUGAAAAACACUGAUUUGUCACAGGAUUUAUCAAUAUCACGACCUUCUUCAAGAUUAAAAUGGGGCAUUGAAGUUCCUGGUGAUUCAACUCAAAGAAUAUACGUAUGGUUUGAUGCUCUUUGCAAUUAUGUAACUUCCAUUGGUGGGAUUCAAUCAGUUAUUAGGGAAGCCCCAUUAAAUCAGACACCUUUACAACACAAGAUUAAUAAUUCAACGAUAACUCCAAACCAAUGGUGGUGCAAUACUACACAUCUAAUUGGAAAAGAUAUCGCCAGGUUCCAUUGUAUAUAUUGGCCUAGUUUUCUCAUGGCUGCAGGAUUGCCGUUGCCAAAACAAGUUGUGGUUCAUAAUCAUUGGUUAUGUAAUGGUGUUAAAAUGUCAAAGAGUUUAGGUAAUGUAGUGGAUCCCAUUGAAAUGGCAGAUAAAUAUGGUGCUGACGUCGUUAGAUGGUUCUUAUUAGAAAAUUCAAAGCUGGACGAAGAUGGUGAUUUCCAAGAGGAUAAAGUUAAAUCACUAAGAGGGUUACUCGUUUCUAAAUGGGGGAAUUUAAUUAAUAGAUGUUGUGCUAAAAAAUUUAGUAUAAAUAGAGCUGUCAACGAGUUUAAUUCUGAGGGACAGUACAAUUUGAGUGACAAGGAUUUUAUUAAUUCGUUAUUUGAGAAUUCUGAGACAAAUAUAUCAACCGACAUAACCAAAUUGAUUACUGAACUAAAUGAUCUACCCCAGUUCAUGAAUGAAAAAAUUGAACAUUUUCACCCAGGUCUAUUUCUGAGGAAGUGCUGGUCAAUAAUUAACGAUGCCAACACCUUAAUGCAGAAUGGGACUCCGUGGAACAAGAAUGGCCUACAACAGGAUGCUUUAAUAUUUGUGUGUAUGGAAGUAUCGCGUAUUCUGGCAAUUCUAUGCCAACCAAUGGCGCCAGAGUUAACUCAUAAUCUUUUAGACUUUAUGAAUGUUGAUAAGGAUAAAAGAACUCUUCAAUAUGCACGCAUCGGUUUUGACCAAACAUACGGAAAGAGUUGUAAUACACUGAAUAAAGGUGUUCCCAUAGCAAGAACCUUGAAUAGUGAGGCAUAA